AUCGACGUUACGAAUGGCGAGCUGUACUGGCCCCAAUAUCCUACCGAAUUGGCUGCGAUCCUGUGCUGCUCCCUUAAUAAGUUCCAGGUUCAAGUGGGGUUUUGUAUAUAGGGCCCUAGGUCGCGUGCUAGCACCUUGUCUAGACACAAGAUGACAACUCGCACAACUCCCGUACUUGUGGUCGGAGCAGGUCCAGCAGGCCUGGUCGCGGCCCUGACGCUUGCGAGGAACAAUGUGCCAGUGCGUAUCAUAGAGAAAGAAUCCCAAUACCGACGCGGACAGCGCGGUGCGGGCAUUCAGCCUCGCACAUUCGAAGCUUUCCACUUCCUACGUGUUCCCGAGAUCCACGAACGCGCAUCCUUUUUCCCUCUCCUUCAGGAGCACAACAAGGGUUCUCUUGAACCUCUGAAUACGUUCCCCAUGACACCCUAUAUGGAACCCACACCGGCGAUCCCAUACUAUAACUGCAAAGCAAUGGGUCAACAUGUACUCGAAGCAAUCCUGCGCGAGCACCUCGCCAAGCUUGGUUGCACAAUCGAGUUAGACACUCGACUAGUAUCAUUCACCCAAGACGAGAAAUGCGUCAGAGUGAAGCUUGCAAACCGUCGCGGCGACGACGGGGAAGAAGUCGAGGAGGAUAUAGAAGUAGCGUACUUGAUCGGUGCAGAUGGAGCGAAGGGUGUGACGAGGAAGCAACUCGGGCUUACCUUUCUUGGAACUACCAGGGAAGAUGAUUUCAUAGUACUAGGGGAUAUCCGUUUGGAAGCCAAGGGCCUUGAUCGGGACCACUGGCACUUUUUCGGCACAAUGUCGCGAGCUAUGAUCACACUCCGCCCUACCGACGAACUCGGCAAGGAUGGAUGGCAGUUCGUGAUGAGUAGUCGCAAAACUGACCUUAAAGGUCUCGUUCGAGACAAAGAGGCUGUUGUGAACUGUAUAAAAGACUUCCUAGGCCUCGGAAACAAUGUGCAGGUCAAAGAGGUCAUUUGUGUUUCAGAGUUCAGACCCAACAUACGGCUUGUGAACAAGUUUGGAGUGGGAAGGAUUUUUGUUUGUGGAGAUGCUGCUCAUGUUCACAGUCCAGCUGGCGGACAAGGUCUGAAUUCAAGUGUCCAGGAUGCACUUAACGUGGCCUGGAAAAUUGCAUUGGUUUACAAAGGCCUAUCCCCAGCAUCCCUCCUCGACACUUAUACCACCGAACGGCUGCCCGUGAUUACUGAAAUGCUUGGUUUCACCACCGAACUGCACGAUCGCACGUUUGACCAAUCCAACGGUGAAAGCGACAGCUCAAAACAAGUAAAAUUUAACUUGGAAGAUGCAAUGCGUCGCGGAGGGAAGUUGUACAUGCUCGGCGUGAACUAUCGUAACAGCCCGAUCGUCGUUGACGAGUUCGCGCCCGUUCCUGCUUCGGGAGCUGAAGGAACACGUAGUGCGUAUGGAGACACCCAAGAGGGCGUCUUGCGGGCAGGCGACCGUGCACCUGAUGCACCGGGACUCGUACCCACUUCACUGAACCGCGCAUCAUGCAGCAUUUCGAGUGGUUAUCAGUCAAAUGGAAUGGCUGAGAGCACCCGUAUGUUUGAUAUGUUCGCGUCGACGCAUCACACCGUUAUCAUCUUCGCACCAGCCUUCGCUGACGCUGAAGUGCGAUCGGUACUGGUGACCCUGGAUCAGAGUCUUCGGAAGAAGUUGGUAAGGCGCGUAGUUGUGCUACCUGGACCUUUUCCCGAAGCGGAUGGGCCCGUCGAUAUCUCUUCUGGGGAAGGCCAAGCCAUCGACGCCGAUAUACUCGUCGAUCAGGCUGGUCACGCGUACCGGGGGUAUGUUGUUGAGACGCAAGAGAUCAAGGUUGUGGUCGUACGUCCGGACGGGGUGGUGGGUGCAAUUGUGCGCGGUGUGACGGGGUUGGAACAAUACUUUGAGGGCGUGUUUGGGAAGACGGAGGGUAUGCGCGCCAAGUAGGAUCGAUUCUCGUACUGGCUCGUCAAUUUCGGCA